UGCACCGCUACUGUCACAACAACACGUCGCCAUUUCACGGAUGGUCAGCUGAAACUCCCGCAAAGUAAUUUACGUCACCGGAGAUAUAGCACAACACACGAACAUUAUCUAAAAGGAAACUGUAAAUGUGGCGAUAUUUGGCUCGGGUGAAUGAGUUGUUCAAGUGCCGGCCGAGGUUGAAGUUGCCAGUGAUCGGAUUUUUUCACGUCAACAGCUAGCCAGCUGUCAAGUGUAAACAUAAGGAUGAAGAGGCUGAAAGGAGAUGAGGACGCCUGCAGCUCUUCCAGUGAGGGCCCAACCGAGUCCUGCAAGAAGGUGCGGAAGCUACAGCCAAGCAAAGAGAAGUAUCAAGAGGAGGGGGAAGAAGAGACUGAUGUAGAGCUCUGUGAGUUUGGCUUCGACUGGGCACUUCUCCCUCAGGAGAUCCUGCUCAACAUCUUCCAAUUCCUGCCUCUUCUGGACCGGGCGUAUGCCUCGCAAGUGUGCCGUGGCUGGAACCAAGCUUUCCACAUGCCCGAGCUAUGGAGGUGCUUUGAGUUUGAACUGAACCAGCCUGCCAGUUCUUACCUGAAGGCGACACACCCAGACCUAAUCAAACAGAUCAUCAAGAGGCAUUCGAACCACCUGCAGUAUGUCAGCUUCAAAGUGGACAGCAGCACGGAAUCUGCAGAGGCAGCCUGUGACAUUCUCUCCCAGCUGGUGAACUGUUCACUAAAGACACUAGGGCUCAUCUCUACGGCCAGACCCAGCUUCAUGGAGUUGCCCAAGUCUCAUUUCAUCUCGGCCCUGACGGUGGUGUUUGUCAACUCCAAGUCCCUGUCAUCUCUGAAGAUCGACGACACACCGGUGGAUGAUCCGUCCCUGAAGGUCCUGGUGGCCAACAACAGCGACACACUGAGGAUGUUGAAGAUGAGCAGCUGCCCUCAUGUCUCCCCUGCAGGUAUUCUGUGUGUGGCGGACCAGUGCCAUGGCCUGAGGGAGCUGGCGCUGAACUACCACCUGCUGAGUGACGAGCUCUUAUUAGCCCUCUCCUCUGAGAAACACGUGCACCUGGAGCAUCUCCGCAUUGAUGUGGUCAGCGAGAACCCCGGGCAGCACUUCCACACCAUCAGGAAGUCCAGCUGGGACGCUAUGCUGCGCCACUCACCCAAGUUCAACCUGGUCAUGUACUUCUUCCUCUACGAGGACGAGUUCGGCCCCUUCUUCAGGGAGGAAGUCCCCAUCACCCACCUCUACUUUGGUCGCUCAGUCAGUAAGGAUGUGCUGGGCCGCGUGGGGCUCCACUGCCCCCGGCUGGUGGAGUUGGUGGUGUGCGCCAAUGGGCUGCGGCCGCUGGACGAGGAGCUAAUCCGCAUCGCCAAGCGCUGCACCCAGCUGUCGGCCAUUGGCCUUGGGGAGUGUGAGGUGUCGUGCAGCGCGUUCGUGGAAUUUGUGAAGAUGUGCGGUCGGAGGUUGUCCCAGCUGUCCAUCAUGGAGGAGGUGCUGAUUCCUGACCAUAAGUACAACCUGGAUGAAAUCCACUGGGAGGUGUCAAAGCACCUCGGCCGUGUCUGGUUCCCCGACAUGAUGCCCACCUGGUAGAGCUGUUGAAGGGGGCUGUGGAUUUACUGUACAUAGUUUGACAUACUUUUCUCUUUUUUCCCACCUUGAAACUCUGUCUGAAGCGUCCAUGUUGGCAGCGAAGGAACAACCGAAGAUAAUCGUGUUCUACUUAAAAUGUGAAUUUUUCAGGGAUGCGAUUUUUCCUGAUUAAUCAGGAAUUCCUACUUUUCUCAAUGUAUACUCCAUUCCUAUACACUGAACAAAAAAUAUAAACGCAACAUGUAAAGUGUUGUUUCAUGAGCCGAAAUAAAAGAUCCCAGAAAUGUUCCAAAUGCAUAAAAAGCUUAUUUCUCUCAAAUUUUGUGCACAAAUUUGUUUAGAUCCCUGUUAGUGAGUAUUUAUGCUUUGCCAAGAUAAUCCAUCCACCUGAUAGGUGUGGCAUAUCAAGAAGCUAAUUAACCUAUCAGGUGGAUGGAUUAUCUAUAACCCCUCGCCCAACAGCCAAUGAAAUUGCAGCGCGCCAAAUACAAAUCUGCCAAAAUCUAAUAAAUACAAUUUCUCAAACAUACAAGUAUUAGGCACCAUUUUAAAUAUAAAAUUCUCAUUAAUCCAGCCACAGUGUCUGAUUUCAAAAAUGCUUUACGGCGAAAGCUCCACAAACGAUUGUUAGGUCACCACGAAGUCACAGAGGAGUCACAAAAAGCACAAAUAUAGAGAACCUUUGAUCUUCAUCAGAUGACACUCAUAGGACUUCAUGUUGCACAAUACAUGUAUGUUUUGGUCGAUAAAGUGCAUAUUUAUAUCCAAAAAUCUCAUUUUACAUUGGCUUGUUAUGCUAAGUUGUUCCAAAACAUGCAGUGAUUUUUCAGAGAGACACAUCAAUUCACAGAAAUACUCAUUAUAAAUGUUGAUGAAAAUUCAAGUGUUAUGCAUGGAAUUUUAGAUCCUCUUCUCCUUAAUGCAACCGCUGUGUCAGAUUUCAAAAAAACUUUACGGAAAAAGCAUCUGAGUGAGCCACUCAGAGCCCAAAACAGCCAAAAGAAAUAUCCGCCAUGUUGCGCAGUCAACAUUUAGUCAUAAAUAGCAUUAUAAAUAUUCACUUACCUUUGAUGAUCUUCAUCAUAAUGCACUCCCAGGAAUCUCAGUUCCACAAUAAAUGUUUGAUUUGUUCCAUAAAGUUAAUCAUUUAUGUCCAUAUACCUCCUUUUGUUAGGGCGUUUGGUUAACAAAUCCAAAACGCGCGUGCAGGUCCAGCCGAACGUCGGACAAAAAGUUUCAAGAAGUUAUUUAACAGCUCGUAUAGAAUCAAUCUUUAUGAUGUUUUUAUCAUAAAUGUUCCAACCGGAGAAUUCCAUUGUCUGUAGAAAAGCAAUGGAACGAGAGCUACCUCAUGUGAAUGCGCGUGACUGAGAUCGAGGCUGCUGGCCGACCUCUGAAUAAUCCCCUCUCAUUCGGCCCCCCUUCACAGUAGAAGCCUCAAACAGGUUUCUAAAGACGGUUGACAUCUAGUGGAGGCCUUAGGAAGUGCAACAACCAAUAUCCCACUGUGUAUUCGAUAGGGGCUGAGUUCAAAAACUACAAUCAUCAGAUUUCCCACUUCCUGUUUGGAUUUUUUGUCAGGUUUUUGCCUGCCAUAUGAGUUCUGUUAUACUCACAGACAUAAUUCAAACAGUUUUAGAAACUUCAGAGCGUUAUCUAUCCAAUACUAUAAAUAAAAAAAUAUGCAUAUAUUAGCAUCUGGAACAGAGUAGGAGGCAGUUUACUCUGGGCACGCUUUUCAUCCAAAAGUGAAAAUGUUGCCCCCUAUCCCAAAGAAGUUAUUAAACAGCAUGGCCAUUACAUAGGUGCACCUUGUGCUGAGGACAAAUGGCCACUCUCUAAAAUGUGCAGUCUUGUCACAGUACACAAUGCCACAGUAAACUUAGGAUUAGGAUAGGGGUAGGGUUGAGUAAACGUGCAAUUAGCAUGCAAGAAUAUCCACCAGACCUAUUGCCAGAGAAUGUUUUUUAUUUCUCUACCGGCAACUGCCUCCAAUGUGGUUUUAGAGAUCAGUACACAAUUCCUGGAAGCUGAAAACUUCCCAGUUCUUCCAUGGCUUUAAUUUUUUUUUUUAAAUAUAUAUAUAUAUAUAUAUAUUACACAUAUCUGUGACCAACAGAUUCAUAUCUGUAUUCCCAGUCAUGUGAAAUCUAUAGAUUAGGACUUAAUGAAUUUAUUUAAAUUUACAUAUUUCCUUAUAUGAACUGUAACUCGGUAUUACCCUUGAAAUUGUUGCAUUUAUCUUUGUUCAGUAUAUUUAAAACUGACCUGUCCCCUAGAGCUCAGACAAAACUGAUUUUCAGAUUGUCUAUUGAUCACAUGAAAUGUAUUAAGUUCUUAUUAUGGGAUGUUUUGCGUCAACAUGUCGUCUAGUUUUCCAAACUCUGUACUGUAUGGCUUUGUGGUAGAGGAGCACACCCCUCCAUAGGCGUAAGAGGCUACACUGGUCAGGGACACAGGGUGGAGUUUUUUUUUUUUUUUUGGUUAACUCAUGGUACAGACAGUUAUGCUAUGGCUGAUUUUUAUUGAAAUAGCGCAUCUGUUAGAAAACACCAACCCUGUUUUGACCAGGGUUGUAAGCCCCUGCUGCCCACAGCAGCCACCACUACACAGUACUGCAGCACACCUUCUUAAGAAGAGGUAGCCUAGAUGUUGCCCCAAUUGUCCUGAGUGGUGUACUAUGAGGCCAGCUAUACUGAACAAAAAUAUAAACAACAUGCAACAAUUUAAACAAUUUUUCUGAGUUACCAGUCAUAAUCUAAAUAAAUUGGGCCCUAAUCUAUGGAUUUCACAUGACUGGGCAGGGUUGUGGGCAUAGGCCCACCCAAUCAGAAUGAGCGGGCAGCACAGUUGCGGGAUUGAGGCUUGCAAACACGCUCCCUCAACUUGAGACGUGUGGUGUUGUGUGACAAAACGUGGCCUUUUAUUGUCCCCAGCACAAGGUGGACCUGUGUAAUGAUCAUGCUGUUUAAUCAGCUACUUGAUAUGCCACACCUGUCAGGUGGAUGGAUUAUUUUGACAAAGGAGAAAUGCUCACUAAUGGGGAUCUAAACAAAUUUGGGCACAAAAUUUGAGGGAAAUAAGCUUGUGCGUAUAGAACAUUUCUGGGAUCUUUUAUUUCAGCUCAUGAAACAUGUUGCGUUUAUAUUUUUGUUCAGUAUAGAUCUACUCAGGCUUUUAUAAAGCUAACCAGCUUCAGUUAGCUUCACAUUCCAGGUCCGGCUUCAUCCAUACUAUGAUUGCUUGUCCACCUGCCGCUAACUCUAGCAGGCUUGUAACUGCCCAUGGUUAGUCAAACUCUUCAUUGAGACAAUGCUGAAAUGUCCAUCAGUGCCACGUUUUAAUUUGUGCCGAAAUCAAAAUGAAAGAAAAGUUAUCUGGGAAAUUCAGCAGGCAUGAAAUAGGCUUUUAGAAGUGUCUUUGGUGUGCUUAUCACUGUACGAGCAUCUUUUUCCCCACUCCUUUUGCUCCUUCUAUCUGUGGAACAGCUUGUUGCAUUGCGGCCAUAGACAUAAUCCAUAGAAUAGUUUUUUGAACCUCUCACCCUGGCAAUAUGACUGUUAAACUCAUGGGUGCAAUGGUUUCCAGUCUUGACUUGAAUGGGAACAACCAUCUAUGGAUUAUAUGAUCUCUGGAUAAGAGCGUCUGCUAAAUGACUUAAAUGUAAAUGUAAAUAUGACUAUGGUUGGUUGCAGCUGUCAGUUUGCCUUUCACAAAUGUCUAAAUACAAUCUCGUGAAAAACGGACAUUUUGGAAAUGCUGUCAUUACUGAAUGUGUAAGGUAUUUUUUUAUCAGUCUUCCUCAAAUGAAGGGGGUGAUGACACAAACUUUGUGAGAGGGAGGGUAUCUAAUAUCAUUGGUCCUCAACUCGUGGCUCAGACGCUCCUUAUACGCCCAUUGGACAAUCAAUACAAAGACCAUUAAAAGGUGGAGAGAGGACUGGAAGCCAGUGUGUUUUAAAAGUGUAAAUUGGGUCACUGGCUUUUAGUCUGGCUAUGAUAUUCUGUCCUCUGAGAAAUGUUGCGAUUUUGUUUUGUAUGUCUGUUUUCAAUCACUUUUAACGGUUUGUGGAGGUGGGGAGGGAAAGGGGGAUUCCUUGUCAGUUGUACAACUGAAUGCAUUCAACUGAAAUGUCUUCCACAUUUAGAAGCUGCAUGUUGUGAGGUAUGCUUCCCGACACUACAACAGAAUAAGCUAAAAGAUACAAGGCUAAGAAUUGGACAGGAACUCUGCACUUUUUGCAACAAAUAGUUGGUGUUUGAGUAAUUUCAGUUGCCACAAUUGUUUGUGUAUUUAACAGAUGAAAGGGUGAUUCAAAAUAAUCUGGAUCUAAAAUUAUAUCAGACAUUUCACACUAAGGGCAAUCGGGGAUGUGAAGCUACUUGUACUCAUUCAUGCUUCACCUAUAUGGACUGGUAACUUUUAGAUAUAUUCUCAGUUGUCGAUCCUGACUGGUUUCCCAGAAUGGAAUUUCCUUGGGACUAUUCUAAUCUAGAACAUCAAGGGUGAAAUCAGGUUCUUGAAUGCAGCAAAUUAGUUUAUCACUAGCUAGUGCCAGACUAGGCAUGUCUUCUGGUCCAGUGAAUUUAGUUACUGGCUGUUUACUGGGUAGCCAAAGCGUAGGUGAGGGUGAAAGGAAGAAAGCAAAACCUGAAAACCUUGAAGUGUUCAGUGAAGGUUUCCUGGGCAUUCAGUGAAGGUGUACAGUUUGUUUUAUAUAUAUAUAUAUAUAUAUAUAUCCCUGUCAGAUUCACAAAUCCUUCAUUUCAGUUUAGAAAUGGUUUCUGGAGGUUAGUUAUCGUUGUAAGUAGAGGUUGACUGAUUAUGAUUUUUCAACACCGAUACCGAUUAUUGGAGGACCCAAAAAAGCCGAUACCGAUUUAAUCGGCCUAUUUUUAUAUAUAUAUAUUUUUUAAAUUUAUUUUUAAUAAUGACAAUUACAACAAUACUGAAUGAACACUUAUUUUAACUUAAUAUAAUACAUAAAUAAAAAUCCAUUUAGCCUCAAAUAAAUAAUGAAACAUGUUUAAAUAAUGCAAAAACAAAGUGUUGGAGAAGAAUGUAAAAGUGCAAUAUGUGCCAUGUAAGAAAGCUAUCAUUUAAGUUCCUUGCUCAGAACAUGAGAACACAUGAAAGCUGGUGGUUCCUUUGAACGAGUCUUCAAUAUUCCCAGGUAAGACGUUUUAGGUUGUAGUUAUUAUAGGACUAUUUCUCUCUAUACCAUUUGUAUUUCAUAUACCUUUGACUAUUGGAUGUUCUUAUAGGCACUUUAGUAUUGCAAGUGUAACAGUACAGCUUCCGUCCCUCUCCUCGCCCCUACCUGGGCUCGAACCAGCAACACAACGACAACAGCCACCCUCGAAGCAGCGUUAGCCAUGCAGAGCAAGGGGAACAACUACUCCAAGUCUCAGAGCGAGUGACGUUUGAAACGCUAUUAGCGCGCACACCGCUAACUAGCUAACACCAGCCUAAUCUCGGGAGUUGAUAGGCUUGAAGUCAUAAACAGCGCAAUUGCUUGAAGCACAGUGAAGAGCUGAUGGCAAAACACACGAAAGUACUGUUUGAAUGAAUGUGUACGAGGCUGCUGCUGCCUACUAUCGCUCAGUCAGACUGCUCUAUCAAAUCAUAGACUUAAUUCUAACAUAAUAAUUACGAGCCUUAGUUUCUGGAUUCGACCAUAUUAAUAACCUAUCAUCUCAAAAACAAGACGUUUAUUCUUUAUUCUUAUUCUAUAGUGAAAUACGGAACCGUUACGUAUUUUAUCUAACGGGUGGCAUCCAUACGUCUAAAUAUUCCUGUUACAUUGCACAACCUUCAAUGUUAUGUCAUAAUUACGUAAAAUUCUGGCAAAUUAGGCGGCCCAAACUGUUGCAUAUACACUGACUCUGCGUGCAAUGAACGCAAGAGAAGUGACACAAUUUCACCUGAUUAAUAUUGCCUGCUAACCUGGAUUUCUUUGAGCUUAAUAUGCAGGUUUAAAAAGAUAUACUUCUGUGUAUUGAUUUUAAGAAAGGCAUUGAUGUUUAUGGUUAGGUACACAUUAGAGCGACGACGGUCCUUUUUCACAAAUACGCACCGCAUCGAUUAUAUGCAACGCAGGACACUCUAGAUAAACUAGUAAUAUCAUCAACCAUGUGUAGUUAACUAGUGAUUAUGAUUAAUUGUCUUUUAUAAGAUAAGUUUAAUGUUAGCUAGCAACUUACCUUGGCUUACUGCAUUUGCGUAACAGACAGGCUCCUCGUGGAGUGCAAUGUAAUCAGGAGGUUAGAGAGUUGGACUAGUUAGCUGUAAGGCUGCAAAAUUGAAAAGGUGAAACUCUGUCGUUCUACCCCUGAACAAGGCAGUUAACCCACCGUUCCUAGGCCGUCAUUGAAAAUAAGAAUGUGUUCUUAACUGACUUGCCUAGUUAAAUAAAGAUUAAAUAAAUGUGUUAAAAAUAUAUAUUAGUUGGCCAAAUCGGUGUCCAAAAAAUACAAAUUGUUAUGAAAACUUGAAAUCGGCCCCGAUUAAUCGGUCGACCUCUAGUUGUAAGCACCUUAAAUGUAUACCAAAAUUAUAAAGAGUUGGCCUACUAGUUGGGAGAAAGUGACUGGUUGGAAGAAUGAAGCCUGUUGAUUUAGUGGGUUGUAUAACAUUUCCUAGAUAUCAGUUGUUGGACUAUUUUGGGGUUUUUGUCACCAUGCCCCAACACAAGUCAUUUAUUUUCAUACAGAAAACAAAACGUGUUGCCACACGUUCAUCAUGGAAUGUCUCCUUUUGCUAACAUUUUCUCAUUUGAACCGUACAGAUCGCAAAGCAUUUUUUUCCCACCCCAAAUUUGAGGUUUAGGGUUCUGGUGUGAUAUGUACCUACCAUUACAAUUUUAUCAAGCAAUACAUGGGAAAUAAAUAAAUAUAGUUUAAAAAGGUAACAUUACAUAUAUACAAAAAUGUGUAAAUAUGGAUAUUUAUAUUGUAGAAAUAAAUUAACUUUGUUAGAAGUGUUUGGAGUGAGAUAAGAGGGUUGGUCUGGUGAUCCAUCUGUUUUGAUGUAGCUUGCGAGAGUGAUUCAGGUGCACAUUUGGUUUUUGAAUGUGAUCACACAAGCGUGGAUUAAUGAUUUAAUUGGUAUUUUCUGCUAUUUGUUUUAGAUUUUAAUUCUUGGCUUUCUGUUAUGGAUGCCUGUCCCUCCAUUCACGUAACUUGCUGUCUAGCGUGAGUGAUUGCAUCAUACCGAGAGGAGAGAGAAGUUUUCAUGGCAUAACCUUAAACAGUACAGUAUAUGCAAUACAGUACCAUUAUUGACUGUUUACCAUUUACUGUUCGGUAUGAGAUAAGGAAGUCCCAAUGUGUCUCUAUAUAAAAUGCUGUGUGUUUGAUAUGAACAUAACUUAUUUCUCCUGUCAGGGUUUUAUGGUUUCCUUAAAAACCAAUGGAUCAUGUAUUGUACAGUUGAAGUGGGAAGUUUACAUACACUUAUGUUGGAGGCAUUAAAACUAGCUUUUCAACCACCACAAAUGUAUUGUUAACAAACUAUAGUUUUGGCAAGUCAGUUAGGACAUCUACUUUGUGCAUGACACAAGUCAUUUUUCCAACAAUUGUUUACACACAUUAUUUCACUUUUAAUUCACUAUCAGAAUUCCAGUGGGUCAGAAGUUUACAUACACUAAGUUGACUGUGCUUUUAAACAGCUUGGAAAAUUCCAGAAAAUGAUGUCAUGGCUUUAGAAGCUUCUGAUAGGCUAACUGCACAUAGAGACAAAUAUUGUACUUUUUGGAGAAAUUACCUCUGGUCUGAUGAAACAAAAAUAGAACUGUUUGGCCAUAAUGACCAUUAUGUUUGGAGGAGAAAGGGGGAGGCUUGCAAGCUGAAGAACACCAUCCCAAACGUGAAGCACGAGGGUGGCAGCAUCAUGUUGUGGGGGUGCUUUGCUACAGGAGGGACUGGUGCACUUUGCAAAAUGGAUGGCGUUAUGAGACAGGAAAAUUAAGUGGAUAUAUUGAAGCAACAUCUCAAGACAUCAGUCAGGAAGUUUAUAAUUUAAAGCUUGGUCGUAAAUGGGUCUUCCAAAUGGACAAUGACCCCAAGCAUACUUCCAAAGUUGUGGCAAAAUGGCUUAAGGACAACAAAGUCAAGGUAUUGGAGUUGCCAUCACAAAGCCCUGACCUCAAUCCUAUAGUAAAUGUGUGGGCAGAACUGAAAAGGCGUGUGCGAGCAAGGAGGCCUACAAACCUGACUAAGUUACACCAGCUCUGUCAGGAGGAUUGGGCCAAAAUUCACCCAACUUAUUGUGGGAAGCUUGUAGAAGACUACACGAAACGUUUGACCCGAGUUAAACAAUUUAAAAGGCAAAGCUAGCAAAUACUAAUUGAGUGUAUGCAAACUUUUGACCCACUAGAAAUGUGAUGAAAGAAAUAAAAGCUGAAAUAAAUAAUUCUCUACUAUUGUUCUGACAUUUCACAUUCUUAAAAUAAAAUGGUGAUCCUAACUAAUCUAAGGCAGGGAAUUUUUACUAGGAUUAAAUGUCAGGAAUUGUGAAAAACUGAGUUUAAAUGUAUUUAGCUAAGGUGUAUGUAAACUUUGAUUUCAACUGUAUAUGCGAGAGUACGAGAGUUAUCGUUUGCUAGAUGGUUUCCAUGUCAUUUGUUAAAUAGUUUGUUCUAUGAUAUUAUGGGUCAGUUUUACAGGCACAGAUUAAGCAGAUUUUUUGUUGUUGCAUGCUUUGUAGUCCAGGACUAGUUUUAAUCUCUGUCUGAGAAAGCAUUCCCCAAUGUGUACAGUUAGUUGAAUGCAGAGCAUCAAAGGGUUUUGGUGUAAACUCUCUCAGAAGGGUCUGGUAGCAUGAGUCAUGAUUUUAAAUGGAUACUUGGCAAUGAAGCCACUUAUCAACUUCCCCACUAGCUAACGCUAGUUAGCAACUUUCUGCAGAGACACAAAUAUGGUAUCCGCAAGUUCAUCUUGACCUUGGGGAGGUAUACUGAUCAAAAAUAUAAAUGCAACAAUUUCACUGAGUUACAGUUAAUUUAAGGAAAUCAGUCAAUAGAAAGACAUUCAUUAGGCCCGAAUCUAUGGAUUUCACAUGACUGGGCAGGGGUGGUUACAUGUGGGCUGUGGCUGUGAGGCCAGUUGGACGUUCUGCCAAAUUCUCUAAAACAACGUUGUAGGCGGCUUAUGAUAUAGAAAUGAAUAUGAAAUGAUCUAGCAACAGCUCUGGUGGACAUUCCUAGUCAGCAUGCCAAUUGCACACUCCCUCAACUUGAGACAUCUGUGGCAUUGUGUUGUCACAAAACGGCACAUUUUAGAGUGACCCUUUAUUGUCCACAGCAUACAUUUACAUUUACAUUUAAGUCAUUUAGCAGACGCUCUUAUCCAGAGCGACUUACAACAUACGGUGCACCUGUGUAAUGAUCAUGCUGUUUAAUCAGGUUCUUGAUAUGCCACACCUGUCAGGUGGAUGGAUUAUCUUGGCAAAGGAGAAAAGCUCACUAACAGGAUGUAAACACAUUUGAGAGAAAUAAGCUUUUUGUGAGUAUGGAACUUUUUAUGGGAUUUUUUGUUUCAGCUCAUGAAACAUGGGACCAACACUUGCGUUUAUAUAUUUUUUCAGUGGAGAUAAAGGGCUUCAUUGCUAGAAUAUUGAAACUCAUUACUCUGUGUGUGUAUAGACUUCUUUUCCUUCAUACAUUUGCUCUAGAACCUUUGUCUAACCAUACAAUAAAUGACGUCAACUAAAACA